GUCACCCGAAAGACGCUCCAGUUUGAAGCACAAAGAAGAAGAAGACGUGUGUUUCCUAGGAGAUCAUUGACACCACCGAGAAGGCUGUAGGCAGAAACUGACAACAUGUCAUUUAUUUUUGACUGGAUCUACAGGGGAUUUAGUAGUGUUUUACAAUUCUUAGGGCUCUACAAAAAGAGCGGGAAGCUGGUGUUUCUUGGUCUGGACAAUGCGGGUAAAACAACUCUAUUGCACAUGCUCAAAGAUGACCGACUUGGCCAGCAUGUUCCAACUCUGCAUCCAACGUCUGAGGAAUUGACAAUCGGUGGAAUGACAUUUACCACGUUUGACCUGGGUGGACAUGUACAAGCUCGGAGAGUUUGGAAAAACUACCUGCCUGCAGUGAAUGGAGUGGUCUUUCUUGUGGAUUGUGCGGAUCACGAUCGACUUCCAGAAUCAAAAGUUGAGCUAGAUGCUCUUCUUGGAGAUGAGACCAUCGAGGAUGUUCCUGUCCUAGUGUUGGGCAAUAAAAUUGACCGUCCAGAGGCCAUCAGUGAGGGAGGACUGAGAGGAGCAUUUGCUCUGGAUGGUCAAGUCACUGGAAAGGGAAACAUCCCCAGGAAGGAUCUGAAUGCUCGCCCGCUGGAGGUGUUCAUGUGCAGCGUGCUGAAAAGGCAGGGCUACGGGGAAGGGUUCAGGUGGUUAUCGCAGUACAUUGACUGACACGGAGACGCUCAGCUAAAGAGCUUUACAAAGAACCACAACAAAGAUUGUAAACCUGAGCAGGUUUUAGGGACAAUUGUUGCAAAUUGUGAAAACAGUUACCUAAAAGUGUUAUUAAAGUGAAAAAAACAACAAAAAAGAACGGCGUAUUUUUAGCUAAUCAUAAACGCUUUUUGGAUGAAUGAGGAACUGGGCUUUGUUGCAGAAAAGUAUAGAUUUAUUAGCUAAUUAGAGCUGACAUGUAAGGACUGAGUGAAUUAAUGUUAAUUUAACUUCUAAUUAAGACUGCUAUGUUAUAAAUAAAUAAAAUACGAAUGUCGAAUAACUAGCGAUGAUGAUGAACUAACUUUAGUUGAUUCAAAUGAUUAAUAAACAGACUGCCUUUUAGGCAAACAAGCCAAACAUGUUUGUUAUUUACUCGAUAAGAAAUUGAAAUAACACUUAGUGAGGAAAAAGCCAAAUUGACAUCAAAUUUAAUUCUCAUUAAAAAUAUCUAAAUUUCAAACAAAAGCACAGGUACAUUGAUUUAUGUGUCUUGAGGUAUGAAAUCUUUGGCCCCAUUGUGUUCGGAACAUGCGGAGCUCCUUUGAUGCAGGCAGCUACCUUCAAAUGCAUUUGGAACACGUCCUAAUUAUUUUUGACUUUGAGGUGUUCAUUGCGGAUUUGAAGGAUGAGUCGUUCCUGCCGAUUCUGCUGUCUGUGCGAGCGUCCCCGUUUCACCCAAUCAUAAAAGCUGAAAUUAUGACUGGCAUUUAAAAUGUCAGGAAGCAAUAAACUAGAAUGGCCAGCUGUGCUGUAACAGACAUCUCCACUGUUGUGAGAACCAUAAAAAUAUAUGUCAUUCUUAUUCAAUCCGUCUCGUUAGACUUUUCCAAAACAAGAACCUGUCACAUCUCGUUGCAUAUUUGAACAUCUCUUUUUAAACAGGAGAUGUGAGUAGAUAUAACACAGGAAUACUCUUUUAGUAGGUCUGCUUUCCAGCACAAACAAGAUGUUCAAGCUGCUAAUGUACUUUUUGAUCAUCUAAAGAGAUGGGAGAGUGCACUUUUAAACAUAAGCAGAAGUUCAAAAUAAAUGGACUAAGUGUUUUUUUUCAGGGUUUAUGCAUAAAAAUAUACACAUAUUUAAGAUAACCUGCUUAAAUUAUAACUUGCAAUGGAAAGAAAUACAAGAAAAAUAUGCAACAUUUGUAUAUUUCUUUUGUGUUUUUUUUUUACUUUUGUAUUAACAGGGUACCAUUUGUUUGUAGGUUUAUGUGCAGGGUUAUAUUUAUAUCAGAGAGAAGCUUAUUGUGCUGUUUUUAUACGAGAGUAUAUUUAUUAAGAUGCACUGUAGUAUUUGAUGUUCCUUUUUCGUUCAAGUUUUCUGCAAUAUUUGCUAAAGUAGUAUAUAUUUUAUUGUGUAUAAAGGAUUGAUCAAGUUUGGUGCAGCUAAAACAAAGCAAGUCUAAUAAAACCUGUCUGUAAUGUAGUUGCUGUGUUUCAUUCAUUUCAGUCAAAAAUAAAUAAAUAAAAACGUUUUUUUAA